UUCAAUCUCAUCGUAUCUACUCUACCCGGCUAUUCCGCACAAUGUCUCAACCACAAAAUAAUACCGCCAGCUCCACCGGCAAAAUGUGGGACAAAACCAAAGUCUUCGGCAAGAAGACCUUCGACAAAGGCUGGGAGGCGCUGGACAAGCUGGGCGGGCCAGUCAACCGCCUCUCCAACAAACUCGGCGCCGAGGCCUUCUGGCCCAUGUCCAUCGACAAGGAGUGCGACAAGGCCGCGCGCAUCCUGCGCAGCUUCUGCAAGGACGGCGUCUACAUCGACGCAAAGGCCGACAGCGCCCCGCCCGUCAGCGGGUCGGAGGCUUCCGCCCCCAACAAACCCAACAAGGAGCCGAGUGACAAGCCGCGGGGCAAGCAGAAGGUGCUGAAGAAGAUCCCCGCGGAGGUGGUGCGGCAGGCGAAAGGACUGGCCAUCUUCACCGCGAUGCGAUGGGGCUGGGGCUUCAGCGGCGCCGGAGGGAGUGGGAUCCUCAUCGCGCGCGAUCCCCAGACGGGCGCGUGGACGGAGCCCUCGGGGAUUCUGCUGCAUACGGCCGGGGUGGGCUUCCUGGCGGGCGCGGAUAUCUAUGACUGCGUGAUGGUGAUCAACACGUACGAGGCACUCGAGGCCUUCACCAAGCUGCGGGUCACGCUGGGGAGCGAGGUCAGUGUCGCCGCGGGGCCGGUCGGGAUGGGGGGUGUGGUCGAGAGCGAGGUGCACAAGCGACGCGCCCCGAUCUGGACCUACAUGAAGUCCAAGGGGCUGUACGGGGGCAUUCAGAUCGACGGGUCGAUCAUCGUGGAGCGCUGCGAUGAGAACGAGAAGUUCUACGGUCGCCGAGUCCCCGUCAAGGACAUUCUAGCCGGCCAGGUCCGCUCCAACAACGCCUCGGUCAGAGGGCUGGUGCAUACCAUCCAGUCGGCCGCAGGACAGGCCAACUUUGAUCAGCCCCCGGCAGAUGCCCAGAUCCCCACCGGCCCCAGUCCCAGUGAUAUCCCCCCGGAGCAGUUGGCCAACAGCAACAUGUUCCACGCCCAGGCCCCGGGCGCCCCGCCCCCGGAGGCCGUCCAGCACAACCCCGAGCAAUAUCAAGUACCCCCCAACAGCAACCUGCCCUACCACCAGCCACCCCCGGAGCAGCAUCCCCAGGGUCCGCAGAACCCGCCCAUGGGUUACCCCCAGGGCCCGCCGGCAGAUGCGCAGUACCAUUCCCAGCAAUAUAACCCAGGCCCUCCCAACAAUAAUGCGUCUUACAGUCAAGCACCAUCUGCGAAUGCAGACUACUAUUCGGGGCAGGGACAGCACAAUCAGGUACCUCCAAACAAGUACUGAAGAGGUCACACGAGAAAAAACCUUCAUUUGUCACCGAAUCUUGAUACCUACCAUGCGAUGCUUCCAGCGUUUGAUGUAUUUACUUCUUUUCCUGCAUUAUUGACCUGAACUUUUCUUCAAAAAUCGAGCAAGUGGAUUGAGUUGAACAAUCUCAUAGUAACUCAGACUCGAGCUUACCUGUGUAGAUAAGUGCUAUGGUGUGAUCUGUAUCAAGAGCCAUGCCGAUGUAGAAUCUGCGACAGCUAGGCUUUGCAGUCGACACGAACCGGGGGAGGAAACAACAUGCAUAUGACACUUAUAUAACUGCCUGCAACGCCAUCAAUUCUCUCAUUAACCAGAGAUGAACGACUCCCAUCAAACAAUCCGUGA